AUGGCAGAAUCCCACCUGCAGUCCUCCCUGAUCACAGCCUCACAGUUUUUCGAGAUCUGGCUUCAUUUCGACGCAGACGGAAGUGGCUACCUGGAAGGAAAGGAGCUGCAGAACUUGAUUCAGGAACUCCAGCAAGCACGGAAGAAAGCUGGAUUGGAGUUAUCACCGGAGAUGAAAACCUUUGUGGAUCAGUAUGGGCAGAGAGAUGAUGGAAAAAUAGGAAUUGUAGAGUUGGCUCAUGUAUUACCUACAGAAGAGAACUUCCUGCUGCUCUUCCGAGGCCAGCAGCUCAAGUCCUGUGAGGAAUUCAUGAAGACAUGGAGAAAAUAUGAUACUGAUCACAGUGGCUUCAUAGAAACUGAGGAGCUUAAGAACUUUCUAAAGGACCUGCUGGAAAAAGCCAACAAGACUGUUGAUGAUACAAAACUAGCUGAGUAUACAGACCUAAUGCUGAAAUUAUUUGAUUCAAAUAAUGACGGGAAGCUGGAAUUAACUGAGAUGGCCAGGUUACUACCUGUACAGGAGAAUUUUCUUCUUAAAUUUCAGGGAGUCAAAAUGUGUGGGAAAGAGUUCAAUAAAGCUUUUGAGUUAUAUGAUCAGGAUGGCAAUGGAUACAUAGAUGAAAAUGAAUUGGAUGCUUUACUGAAGGAUCUGUGUGAGAAGAAUAAACAGGAUCUGGAUAUUAAUAAUAUUCCAACAUACAAGAAAAGCAUAAUGGCUUUAUCGGAUGGGGGGAAGCUGUACCGAACGGAUCUUGCUCUCAUUCUCUCUGCUGGAGACAACUAG